CUGCCUGCAGAGCCACGGGCAGCAGCCAAUCCUCCUCACCAUGAUUCUCCUCCUGCAGUACUUCUUCAUGCUGGCCACAGACCUGGUGCUGGCCAUGACCCUCUCGUGCCUCUUCUACGCCUUCGCGUGCGCCUCCAUUGCGUUGCUGACCUGCUGCGCCAUCGUCUUCUCCUUCGGCAGCACCGAGAGGAGCGCCGACGUCAAAGGGAGAGCCAUCGUCAUCCUAGUGUCCAACAGCUCCAUCGGCAGGAUGUUUGCAAGGAACCUGGACAGAGCAGGCUUCGGGGUGUCUGCUGCUCAGUGGCCUGCCCGGGAGGAGAGGACAGUGACACAAGAGUGCCCAUCCAACAAGGAGGUAGCCCAGCUGCACCUGACCGAAGAUGAGUAUCAGAAGACAGUGAAAACCUUCAUAGAAAGCCACUUAUCCCUGAAAGCAGCUCUCUGCAUCUCAGUCCUGUGUCACCCAGUGACCUGUGUCCUGACUCUCCUGAAGAGAAGCCCACAGCUGCUCGUGCCUCUGCUGAAGCCCAGAAAGUGACAGCCAGCAAGGCAACCCACCGGGCACUGCACACUGGCACUGCCACACCACAAUGGAAAACGGAGCGUAGCUGGGAUCACAAGUGACAAACUCCUUGCAGCAGGGGAUUAUGAGCAGUGACUUCAAUUGCAAGCCAACAAAAAACCGUGGAUGAAGACAGACAACACCUUCAGAACCAUGACACAGGUCUGCAGCUCCCUUGCAAGUCUAAUCUGUAAGGAAGAGAACCCCAAGACAUUGAAAUUUUGGGUUGUUCAUUACAGUGCUGUACUGUGCACACUGGGAUAUGCACAGAGGAAAAAACAUCUGGGGGUGAAAGGAAAUAAAGGAAGAACUCUGCUGGGAAGCAAAAUGCUAGGGCUGGGUUUUCAUUAUCUAAAGGCACAACUCAGAACUGCCUGACUGAUGAUAAGAGAUGUCACCCUCCCAGGGAGCUGGAUCCAGGGAGGAAAAGGAAAGCUUUCAAAACAGCUCCUGUAAGACAUUAAACCAGCUUAAUAUCAAAUCAUUCUGGAAACAAACAUUUUAAUUCUGUAACAUCAAAGCACUGAGAGAGAACAUGCUAAAGCAGAAAAUUCCUGAAUUAUAAGCUCGAGGUUUUAGUCUUCACACAUUUGGCAAAUAACCAGUUACAUGAAUAAUGCCAAACCCAUAUAUUCUGCAGAAUAUCCCAGGAAAUGUUUCCUUUAGUCAGAAUCCUGCUCUGAGCCAGCGCUGUCAACUCGCUCAGUGCAAAAUCCCAUUCUGUGCACAUAACCCUGCACAAUUUCAGCUGAUAACCAUUAUUUUUCUCCUCCAAAAUACGGCAGGGGACAUGUGUGGGCUGCUGCAUGGCUCCUGCUUCUCUCCCAACGUGACCUUCAAGCAAAGGACGGUGCCUGCUUGUGCACCCCGCAGU